GCUGAUUGCAAGCGGGCAGUUUCAGGAGAGCAGAGCCCAGGGAGCACAUAUACAGCCACGAUGCGUUGCAGCCUCGUAGCGCUCGCACCAGUGGCCUCGGCGCUCAUGCAGUUCCGCGCACCCCUCGUCGCCGACGGCUACGCCGCGAAAACUGCUGGAGACGCGCUGUUGGUCUACCUGCCGGGCUUCGACGGCGCCAAUCUAGCGCCCUUCCUCCAGUGGCCCGCGUUGCACGACGCGGGCUUCGACGUGCGCUGCGCGAGCAUCGACGAGGAUGACAGGAGCACGUUCGACGAGCUAGUAAAGGCGGCCUCGUCCUAUAUCGACCGGGAAGCGUGCGACAGGCCCUGCCUGUUGGUCGGCGAGUCCUUUGGAGGCGCCCUCGCGACGGUCGUGGCGCAGCGCACCUCGAAUGUGGAGGGCGUGGUCCUCGUGAACCCGGCGACGUGCUACGCGGAGUCGGCCCUCGCGUCGAAGGCACCGCCCAUCCUGGAGCUGCCGGCCUGGGCCUACUACGUCGGCCUCGCCUCGUUGCUGCCGCUCUUCGUCGACCGGCACGGCGUCCGCGCGCUGUUCGACAUCGUCACGAACAAGCGCCUGCCGUGCGUCAUCGAGACCCCGCGCCAGGAGGCCUACAUGGGUCGUGUGGCAUUAUCCCUACCGGAGCGGAUCGCGCGCAUGCCGCGCGGGACGCUCGCGUGGCGCCUCCGGGAAUGGCUCGACGUCGGGGCGAAGGUCGACGUCGGUGCUCUGAAACAACCUACACUAGUAGUCUUCGGCGACGAGGACAACACGUUGCCCUCGGAGCGCGAGGCGGCCCGCGUCGUCGCUUUACUCACGAAGGCACGAGCGGUCCGCGUGCCGGGCGCGGGCCACGCGGCGACGCUCGGGAGUCGCAUCGACCUGCGAGCCGAGGUCGCGGCGUUCUUCGGGGCGGAGCCGGGGUUUUCUUUCCUGGCGGGUGCUCCCCGGAAGAUGCGCGCCGACGCGUCGCAAGACGGCGAGGCGUCGUCGCUGUACGGCCUCUACCCGCGGACGCACGCGCCCGUGGCCGUCUUCGACUACUUCAACGCGGAGAACGACGCGCGCGUCGGCGUAAGGUAA